CGAGGGCAAAGGGUUUGCCGCGUCCAAUAUGGCGCCCGCCAUGGAGCUGAGCUGCUGGGGCGGUGAUUGGGGGUUGCCGUCCGUGCACGCGGAGUGCCUCGUUGUCAUGGCUUAUGCCAGGUUUUGUGGUGCACCAUUGAAAGUGAAUGUUAUAGAUCAUUUGUGGAGAGCACCAAGAGGGAGUGUACCAUUACUGAUAUCGGAUGACACCGUUAUUUCUCAGCCAGCAAAAAUACUAAACUUCUUCAGAAAGCAGAAAUAUAAUGCUGAUUAUGAGCUGUCUACAAAAGAAGGAGCAGAUACACUGGCUUACAUUGCACUACUCGAAGAAAAAUUACUUCCUGCUGUGCUGCACACUUUCUGGGUUGAAGCUGAUAAUUACUACAAUGUGACAAAACCAUGGUUUGCUUCAAGGAUUCCAUUUCCAUUGAGUUGGUAUCUGCCUAGAAAGAUGUCUGGGGAAGCACUUAAUAGGAUCUUGCUGACAAAGGGAGGGCCUCCUCUCUACAGUCUUACUGAAGUGGAAGCACAGAUCUACAGAGAUGCCAAGGAAUGCCUGAAUCUUCUAUCGAACAGACUGGGGACGUCUCCAUUUUUCUUUGGAAACAUGCCUACAACUCUUGAUGCCUUUGUGUUUGGAUUUCUUGCUCCUCUUUAUAAAGUACCAUUCCCCAAAGCCCAGCUACAAGAUCAUUUGAAGCAGCUUCCCAAUUUAUGUCACUUCUGUGAUGACAUUCUGAGUUGCUACUUCAGAUCAAACUUAUCAGGUGCCACUCCAGCAGGUCAAGACACAGUUGAUGCAAAUCUACAGAAACUCACACAGCUUGUAAACAAAGAAUCCAACUUAAUUGAAAAGAUGGAUGAUAACCUUCGUAAGAGUCCUCAGCACCGUCCACGUAAGCUGACAACUCUCAAACUUUCUACAGGUGGGGAAGGAAAUAGUUCACCAAACCGCUUAUCACCCUGAGAGUUUUAGUUGUCAUAUUUAUGUGUGUGAUUAGAAACUGACAUCAAAUCUGAACAAUCUUUGCACUAAUUCUGUAGAUACAUGAAGCGAGGUAAAAAUGUGAAUUGGCAAAUAGGCACAGGCACAUUCAUUUAACCAAUGCCAUCUAUAGUCACAUAGGAACCAGUAAAAGUCUAAGUUAAGCACAGACAGAAUUGUUGAGUAAUUGUACAAUGCCGUAUGAGGUCACCAUAAGUGCUGCAUAAUGCUUCCCUUUUAGGGUUAGUUGACCAAAAGCUAAGAUUCCACUUUGGAAUAUGCAAAUGCAUCACCAUUUUCUGCUAGAUGCUUUUGAUUUUGGCUGCAAUCAUGUUAUAGCUCAACUUGGUUGUUGCAUGUGGAGUAGCUACUUAAGCAUUUGUAUAGAUUUCCAAUGUGGUUCAAAUACAGAGAGAAAAUUAAAAUGUCAGUCUUUUUUGUGACAGGUAAGCUGACAAGCAGUUAGAAGGUAUUGCCAUUUUGUUUUGUUUUUUUAAGUAAUGAUCAGUGUAUGUUGGCCAUUUUAAAGUGACUAUAGAGUUGAAAAACUAAACUGAUCACUUGGGAACAUUAAUUAGAUUUUUUUUCAGAUUUGGUCUUAAUCAGGAAAAGGAUAAGCUUGACCAACUUCUGUGAAAGUAUGCCUACAUUCAAAAUGUCAGUACACAGAUUUACAGCAUCAAUCAAUGCAUUUAAGAGGUCAAGUUAGAAACCCUGUUGCAGGCCAAGACUGAAUAUGUGUAUGGACAUUGUGUCACUUUGUCUUCCCCUGCAGAUUCAUUAGCUUCUUGUUUUUAUACAUUUAUCCAAUAUCAAACCCCCAAAUAAUCUAGAUUUUCCCCAUGAUUAGUAACUUUCAGUGUUGGGUAUGAAGAGAUAUUGCCCUGGCAUAAAGCUCAAACUGAACUGCCCAGUGCACUGAAACAACAGGGACACCCCACCAUUUGUUACUGGUGCAAACUGACACUGUAGUAAGUAAGUAAGCAAGCACAUACAUUGUACAUACACUGGAACUUCUACCUGCGUGGGGGAAGCCCUAGAUCAGGCCAGUAGCAGCGGAGGUGGCACUUGUGGGGCACUGUUGCUCUUCUAGCUGCCCAACACAGUGGGCCAAUGGCUUGCUGAUAAGGGAGGGGGAGGCACAGGGAGCCUGGCCCAGUACGUGGGAGUGGGAAUGUCAUAUUGACUCCACUAUCACAUGCUGCACUGGACCAAGCUACCUGCAACACACCCCUCCCCUCUCCCUCUUGGAAAGCACCAGAGACCUGCUAUGCUGGGAAGCCAGGUGAGCAAUGGUGCCCCACUACACCACUUCACCAAUCGUUACUAGAUCAGGCUGGGAUUUUUUUUAUGGUGAUGGUAAUUGUAAUUUCAAAUUUUUAGCAGCUGCUAUCAAAUGGUCCAAAGGUUCCGUUGAUAAAUCAAGGUUUGCAACUAUUGGGCUGGGGGUGAGUGCCUCAAAAGAACAGGUGCUUUGGGAGUAUUUUACAGCAAGGUGUGCAUUCUGAAAACAGCUUUGACCUCUGUGCUAUCGCAGAGGCCUCCGUGGUGUGGGGUACCUGCCAAGUUCGAAGCAGCUCUUUAUGCACUGCUUCCAGGUGCCACAAAGUGGCAACACACCGCAGAAGCCUGUUUGAGGUCUCAACACGCUGGAUGAAAUCUAGGCUGUGCAAAACUGGGUUAAGGACCAUGGGCCAUCAGUUGCCCUCCCUACUCUUAAAUAAUAAUUUGAAAUUCCCAAUAUAUCAACAAUAUUUUUGAAAAGCUACUUGGCCAAAAUGGCAACUGCCAUUAACUAAUGUAUCUUAUGGUAUCUGAUUCCCAAGAAACAGUUUUCAUAUGUAUAUAAGAUAGUUUUCUUUUCAUCUGACUUCAUUUUGCCAAGUCAAACAAAUCUGAUAUUUUUCUCUAAAUUACCUCCACUAUUCUGUAUAUGUAGAAAAAUAGCUGUACAAACAAACCUGUAAAUAAUGUAUAGACAUGUAUUUGCAGAGUAUUUAUAAACCUAAGGAAUGUAAAGAUCCUUAAUGUAUCUUGUUGUUUAUAACAAUAAUUUUGGAUGUCUAACAAGAAUAAAUUUAAGUUUCAUGUUACUUCCUAAAUCUUUGCUUUGGAUAUUUAAAGCUGGAGAUGUUAUACACCAAAUAAUGUUAAAGCAAAAACUAUUUGUGUCUAAUCUUGCAAGGGACAUCAAAUGAGAUAAUAUUACUUGGUUUAUACAAAACUUUCAUAACAUAAACAAGUAAUUACAAAGAAUGUAAAACUGGUUUUGUCUGCUUUAUAAGCAUUUGUGACUGAUCAAGAAAACUGUAUAUUUGUAUUGCUGCAGUCCUAGGAAUAUUUACCUGCGGGGCAAGUGACUUGAAAGUGUGAUUUGCUUCCAAGUUAAACACACAUAGAAUCAGACUGCACAAAUGGUGCACUCUUUCAUACUAAUGAAAAAGUCACCACACCAUUUUAUAUGUUUCAUAUUUGGAGCAGUGUUUCCUAUAGGAAAGCUGGUCCUUAAAGACUGUGAUGGAGCGAAAAGUAAAAUGAUUGCUCAGAUUCCCUAGUACAUAACAUUUUACUGUAAAGUAUUGUUCUAGUCGAAUACAAUAUAAAAUAUGUGUUGCAUUUCUUUUUAGAAAAAGUAAUCUCAUUUGUGAGAGAAGGCAGGAAGUUAAGUUAUGAGGGAAAUGCAUUGUGAAGUCUUGUUUCUAUUUUUGGGUGUCCUGGUUGAAAGAGCAAAAUCUGUGGAUGAUCACCAAGGAAGAGACAUGUAGAUUUUAGCAGAAAAUCAGGGCCAGUUCAGAGGUAGGUCAUAGAUUAUUAAAUGUGUUUCUGUUCCAAAGAAAUGUCAUGUUUUAUUUAAUAGGAAAUGCUGUAGCACAAGGGUUCCCAGACUGUGGUCCACAGACCACCAGUGACCUGCUAGCUUUAUUCUGGUGGUCCACAGCGUGUCUGUAAAAGUACAAUUAAAAACCUUAUAGCAUCUAGAGCACAGCAUAUUUUCCACAGGGGCUCCUUGUUUGUGCAGUGCGCUCCCAAGGGAGGUUUGCCUGGUGCCUUCAUUAUACACCUUUAGCUGCCAGGCAGAAACGUUCCUCUUCAUAGAAUCAUAGAAUUGUAAAGUUGGAAGAGGUCACAAGGGUCAUCUAGUACAACCCCCUGUAGUGCAGGAAUCUUUUGCCUAAUGUGGGGCUCGAACCUACGACUCUUGAGAUUAAGAGGCUCAUGCUCUGCCAACUGAGCUACCCCUCCCAGCAACCAGGCCUUUGGCUGAUUAACAUCUUUAAAAAAAACCAUUUUAUUUAUAGGUUUUCAGUUAUACACUCAUAUCAUUUUCCAUUCAUAUACAGUAAUUCUUUUGGACUUCCCACCCAACAUUCCAUGACAGUUCUUUGUACGUCUUAAUUAGCUGCAUAUACAAUAAUACCUUCACCUUAUUUGGCUGGUUAACAUCCUAUACACUUUUAGAUGUGUUCAUGGGAAGGGAAGGGGGUUAUUGGUUGGUUGGUUGGUUGGUUCUUGUUUUUAUUAUGUAUUUUGUGUUUUUAUAUUGUAUUUUUGUGUUAUAAACCACCCUGAGAUUUAUGCAUGAAGGGCGGUAUACAGAUUUAACAAAUAAAAUAAAAUAAAUUACAAUUGCUACAACAGGCAGAAAAAAUAUUAAGACUUUUGUCUCUGGCUUUGCCCAUCAUUGGCUGCCCAUCUGUUGCUUAAUUGAUACAGAAUCUGGGCAUGCACUUAGUUGAGAGGAAAGACGUAUGAGCAAAAAACCAUGGCUGCUUAAGGCAUUUUUAUGAUAACCUACUUGACUGAAGCCAGCAUACAUUCCUACUUCUGUUCCUUAAUCUUUCACUAGUUUGCUUAGUAAAAUAGCCUAGCUAUUAAGCCUGAUGGUUUCAUUGGGUGGAGCGGGGUGGUGAAAUGUGGUUUAGACAUAGGAAGGAAAAUAAUUUUACCUUGAUAUGUUGCGUUUUUCAAGAAAGAAAAUUGGGAAGGAGCAUGUGAGCUUGCAUUUUUACAAAGUUGCAGCAUACUCACUAGAAUUUAAUUGCUUUAAAAAUAUUGUUGAAGUUGCUUAUAGUUAAAGUAGUUUUCCAGAUAUAUUAAGGUAUCUUCAGUUACUCCAUUUUUAUUGCUUUUGGCAGUGCAGAGAGAACUACUUACAUGCUAUUUCUCUAACCCUUUUCUGGAUAUGUGAGCUUUCACAGUUACGCUUUUAAAGACCUUUUUGGUGCAAAACAAAUGCAACAUGUGAUGUGACAUACUGCAAACAAUGUGACAUACUGAAUUCCUGCUAUCCAAGUUGUUGAUCCUCUCUUGUUCCUGGUCUCAGUUCAGCUGAAUACUUUCAAAUCUUAAAGGACCAUAAUGCUUUUUGGACUCUGGGUCCAGAAAUCCAUAGGGAAAGGUACCUAACUACUUGAUUAGGAUGUUUUUUUUAAAAAAAUAAUUGUUCUGAUUUUCGCAGUCAAUUUUUUCUGAUAGUGUCAUAUGGAGCCACUUUUUGGGCUCAAGAUAGAAUUCAUGGGUACUUGCUUCUAAGUAAAUAUACUGUACAGUGGUACCUCUGGUUAAGAACUUAAUUCGUUCUGGAUGCCCAUUCUUAACCUGAAACUGUUCUUAACCUGAGGUACCACUUUAGCUAAUGGGGCCUCACGCUGCCGCCCCACUGCCGCCAUGCGAUUUCUGUUCUCAUCCUGAAACAAAGUUCUUAACCCGAGGUACUAUUUCCUGGGUUAGCGGAGUCUGUAACCUGAAGUGUCUGUAACCCGAGGUACCACUGUACAUAUGGAGGAGGCUACAAGUAUACCUCCAAUAAAUCACAUUGUUUAGCUGCACAUAUAUUUUUAUUUCUUUGCAUCAGAAUUCUUUAAUCUGCUAUCGAUUUGUUUGAGGGCUUUAAAACCUGAAAGGAACUGGAGGAAAAAAAAUAGCUCUAAAAAUAGCUUUUGGGGGUCAGGGUGCAGAUUUUGCAAAGUUUACUUAUGUCACUAUGAUAAUUUCCUUACACUUCUGAACCAUAGUCAGGCUUCUGGCUCUAAAGUGCUGAACAUUUCUGAGGGCAAGAUGUUGCUUUAUGACCGCAUCGCUGCCAGGGUUGAGAGAAAACAGAUGUGGCAUCCGAAAAGCUUAUUUUUGCAGAGAUGCUCGGCAUUUUCGGAUACAAACUCCCAUAGUUUCUACUUUUAAAAGAGCCUUCUUCUGCCAUGCCUUUAGGCAACCAUUUUAGGAGACAGGGCUUUGAAAAAUACUGUAAAUGACACACACUCUAAGAAGCAACAAAAGCUGUUGUGCAGUUUAACUUCAUAUUUCCAUAACCCGCUCCAUUUAAAUGCUCUAUGCCAGACAGGUUUUAUUCAUCCUGCUGUGGUUAUGUACCUAUUAAUUUCAUGUUUCCCCUCCUUCCGAUCUUCUAAACUGCAUUCUUUUCUACAUUGUGGUAACUGAGGACAGGUAGUUGUGUAGUAUUACUGCUUUUUUGAGCUGGGAAGAAUAUAUGGGUGGUAAGGGAGGUGCAUGUUGAAUUUCUGCCUUUUGGCAACUGUAUUUUCAGUUUGUUGCAGAGGGGGAGCCAUGGCACACCAGCUUUUCAACAUUUCCCAGCUAUCAUAUGCCAAAUGUUUGCCUAACAGGCCUUCAGUAUUCCAAAGAGUGACAAUCCUUUCUCAGCUUGUGUCUCCAAUGUAAAAAGAAAAAAAAAUCAAUUAAACUCCCUGUAAUGUUCAGUGAAUAAAGUCAGGAUAUGUUCAGGAGUAAUGGCAUGACAUCCUGAUGACAAUGGUACCUCUUCUCCAAUGCUAAAGGACAGCUUCAGGAGGGGGAUUUUUGUCAGGACUGCAAUGCAGAAAGAGUUAAACUGCCCUCCCUACUACACCCACCUCAGCUGCUGCUUUGAAAUAAAGAAAAGACCCAUAAGGGGAAACUAAAAACCAUCACAUACUUUGGGCCUUUGUGACUUCAAUAUCCUAAUACAGUCGUAGCUUGAUUUUCGAACAGCUUAGUUCUUGAAUGUUUUUGCUCCUGAACAUCGCAAACCCGGAAGUGAGUGUUCCGGUUUGCGAACUAUUUUUGGAAGCCGAAGGUCCAUCGGGGCUUCUGCGGCUUCCGAUUGGCUGCAGGAGCUUCCUGCGGCCAACCAGAAGCCGCACUUUGGGUUUUUUUUUAAAUAAAUAUUUUUAUUAGAGAAAAAUGAUUUUUUAAACAAUAUAAAUUUCAAAUACAUAGCCAAUUACAGUUUCCCCCCUUUCCUCCCUCUCUCUCCGCCACCCUCUAAGGACUUCCCACAGCUCCCCUCUCUGAUUUGUUUAUACAUAAUAUUUUCUGCAUGUUAUAAAAUUGUACAUAUCAUUGCCUUAUCUAUCUGUCAUGUGUUCUACUACUAUUGUGGGUGUUUAUUCAAAACCUGCCAAGGAGUCCAGGUCCUUUUGUUGUCUUUUUAAAUAAUUUGUAAAAAAGUUCCCAUUCUUCUUUGAAGUCACGGUUGUCCUUCUCACAUAGUUUAUAUGUCAACUUUGCCAACUCCGCAUAGCUCAUCAGUUUUUCUUGCCAUUGUUCUUUCAUUGGGAUUUCCUCAUUCUUCCAUCUUUAUGCUAACAAGACUCUUGCCGCUGUUGUAGCAUACAUAAAUAAGUUCUUUGUUUUCCUUGGCAGGUCUUGUCCUAGAAUCCCUAACAAAAAUGCUUCUGGUUUUUUUUACAAAUGUCAUUUUAAACACCCAGUUUUUUUUUAAACUUCUCUACAUUCCCACCACAUAGGAUAUAAAGUACUUUCUUUUUCUUUACAUUUCCAACAUAUGUUUGUCCCGGUUUUGUACAUUUUUGCCAUUUUCACUGGUGUAAUAUACCAUCUAUAAAUCAUUUUCAUUUAGUUCUCUUUCAAAAGAGAACAAUCUGUAAAUUUCAAAUCUACCUUCUACAGUUUUUCCCAGUCCUCAAAUUGUAUAUUAUGUACUAUAUCUUGUGCUUUGGUUUUUGAACGUUUUGGAAGUCAGACUUCCAGAACGGAUUCUGUUUGACUUCCAAGGUACGACUGUAUGCCGGGGAAUCUUAGAAGACAAGAAUAUCCUAUUUAGGUGAACAGCACCUUGAAGCAUCAUCUUUUUUUUGGUAGGGGAGCUUAGUUUCUGCUUCCAAAAUCUCCCACAUAGCAAUGUGUUUGGGAAGCAGAACAGUUUGCCCAGUGCCCAGAGUCGGAUGGUUUUGAAGGAUGUGGGACAACUAGGAACAUAGUUGUACCUUGUCAGACCAUUAGUCUAUUUAGCUCAGUAUUAUCUGCCUUGACUGACAGCUGCGUUGUAAGCUUUCAGACAGGGGGCACUGCCAGCUCCACCUGGAGAUGCUGUGGAUUGGGAACCUGGUAAUUGGGUAGGAGAGCUGAAAAUAAUGACAAUACAUUUCACAUCCGGCAACCAAUGCACCUCUUUGGUUUCAAAUAGUACAUGCAUGGGUAGAAGAGCCUAAAAAGCCUAGGGCACAAUUUUUCACUGCCCUUUAGUGGCUAUGGUGGCUCAUUUACCAGAAGUAAUAUAUUUAGCGUUAACUCCUACAGCAAAAGCAUCCAAGGAGGCCGAGUUUGGUCAGAAUCGAGUAUACACUUUCAGAGUUGAUGCUAAAUACAUUACUUCUGGUAAAUGAGCCACCAUAAUCAGUAGAGGGCCAUGAAAAUUGGUGUCCCAGGCUUUUUAGACUCAUCUACCCAUGUACCAUGUACCUGAGGGACCCAGGUGGCGCUGUGGGUUAAACCACAGAGUCUAGGGCUUGCUGAUCAGAAGGUCGGCGGUUUGAAUCCCUGCAACAGGGUGAGCUCCCGUUGCUCGGUCCCAGCUCCUGCCCACCUAGCAGUUCGAAAGCACAUCAAAGUGCAAGUAGAUAAAUAGGGACCGCUCCGGCGGGAAGGUAAACGGCGUUUCCGUGUGCUGCUCUGGUUCGCCAGAAGCAGCUUCGUCAUGCUGGCCACAUGACCCGGAAGCUGUCUGCGGACAAACGCUGGCUCCCUCAGCUUAUAGAGCGAGAUGAGCGCCGCAACCCCAGAGUCGGACACGACUGGACCUGAUGGUCAGGGGCCCCUUUACCUUUACCCAUGUACUAUCUGAAACCCAAGGGGUACGUUGGUUGCUAGAUGUGAUUCUUUUUUAAGCUCUCCUACCCCGCUAUGAGACCUAGAUGCUCUACUACAGCUAUGACCCUUUGACCAUAUUUCUAAAAUGGGAGAAGGGAGAUGGUUGCACCACACUCAGUUAUGCCUUUCUGAAAAGUGCUGUUGGCAUCCCACAUUGAUCUGAGCGCAUGUUUGUGUGUGGAGCAUCAAGGAGAGUUUUCAAUAAGAACAGAUUAAAUGUGUAUAGCACUACCCAGAAUUGUGUAUCAAAUUUGCUGUAUUCUGUGUUGUUGUUUUUUAAAAUUUCUUAAUUUCAGCUAGGCAAAUAACAUGCUAGUUAGAAGUUAACUUUGACCUUCAUUUCAGCUGCAAAGGCCAAAAUAGCAGUUUCCACAAUAGCUACGCUUCAUGAUUAGAAAAACAUGUGCUUUCAUCAUGUGUGUUCUCCUAACCACUGCCACCCCCACAACCCACUCACCUCAAUGUAAUUGUUUUUUAAAUGGCUUAGAUUACUUAAUGGAAAAGGGGGGUUUGGAUGUUUCUUAUAAAAAGAAACAGGGAUAAUAAGAGCAGUGUAAAGUAGCAACUUCACAAGGAUCGCCAUGGGUAUGCUUGACCAGGACAAGUGUGGGCAGAGAUCCAUUUAGGAGGCCAGAGUAUGUGGCUUCAAGCCCCACUGAGACUGAAAGCCUUUGAUCUAACCGAUUUAUAGUGUGUAAUUCUAUAUCUAUUAGACAUGUGUUUUUAUUUAAUGUUUUAAUACUUUGGCACUGGGAGGUUUACAUCUAAUACUUUAUUUGAUAUUUGCGAACAGCAUUUUGGUAAAACAGCUUGUAAAUUAAUCUGAUUUGGGCUAUGAAGAAAAAAGGUAGGUUAAUCAUGCCUCUUUUAUUUGUUAUUACUCUCGGUUACAUAAAUAUCCUGCCCAUCCUCCAAGGAAGAGUUGGCCUACAUGUCUUAGGGAAUUCUUCAGCUUCUGACAGCCUCUUUCCUAUCUCCAUAUGCUUUCUCCAGGAACACAACUUUGUUCUGAAAAAUGGUGAGUUUUUCUCGGAGCCAGAUGCAAAGGUGGGGCAGCAGGUUUCUUUCACAACAACACAGGAAUCAAGUCACCUGUGGAUAUUGUGCAAUUAGAUUUCUGUGUCUGUGGCUUUCUCUUAGGCCCAGUUUAGAUGUAGCUCUAAGCUUUCAUUUAGUUUUAUGAGAAUAAGUGGUGGUGAGCCUUGGGCUUAUAUGACUUUACCUCUUCUUUUGCACAGGAGGGAACAAGACUGAAAGCAACCACUUUCAGUUUUAAUCAGCUCCAGUUUCUAGUAAAGUAUGAACUCAAGGGACUGAAUGAUUGUAACUCAGGUUAGUUAAUCGCACAAAAACCAGGAUCUGAAACUACAGUUUGAACUUGGUUUGCUAACCACAGUUAAGCUAAACCACUGUUUGGAUCUGAGUUUGGAUCUAACAGGUAACUGGGGCUUUCACUCUUUUUCUCGUGGUGUGCAAAGGAGGAAGGGGUAUGAAUGAGCAAUACCAAAAUACAUAGCUCAUGUAGUUUGAGAGUGAGUGACAUGGCAAAAGCAUGGUUGCAACCGGAACACUAGACACAUCUUUUGAUCUCCUGAAGGCAGCCAAGGCUCUGCUGCCCGUUCCCUGCUGGGUCCUGUCAUCCAUCCACUUUGUGGUGAGCAAAACCACAGUUGUCAGGGAAGGAUACCAGAUGAGUGGCUUGGAACCUGGGCAAUCGCUUCCAUGAAUAAACCUACUUCCUCAUUGAGGUCAGCCUUAGAAACCUGCUUUCUCCUAGUGCCCCCACUAUUUGAAGUGAGGCAAGUGGGAGCUAGGGUGAUGGCCUUUUCAGUGAUGGCACCUCAUCCCUGUGGAAUACUACUCUUAAGUCCUAGGAAAGCUAUCCAGCUGCCCAAUUCCAUGUCUUUUCUAGUACCAGAUAAAACCCUUAUUUUCCCUGGCCUUUUAAUGUUUGCUGAAAGUCAUUCCAUGCUAAGUUUUAUCUGCUGCCUUAUUCCUGUAUGUUUUUUUAAUAUAUAAAAAACUUCAUUGGUUUUAUUGCUGUUUUAUCAUUGGUUUUGACUUUUUAUUUGGGUUUUGCUUUCCUGAUUCCUGUAAGAUUUGGAAAUAUUCAUAUUAAACAAACAAGAAGUCCUCUCCACGUAGCAUUUUGAGUCUGCUGCAUAGCAUAUGGACACAAACGCUUUUAUUUAAUCUUGCAAAGAAGGGAAAGGGGGAAAGAAAGAAACAGCCAGAGGCAGGCUGCUUGUCCCUGUCUUUCUACUGAAAACCAGUUCACUGUUUGGAACGGACACAUGCUUUGCAAAACAUAUUCAUCCUAUAAACGUGCAGAUUUUUUAUAUAUAAAAAAAUGCAAGUUCCCCAAAUUUUCUGUACCAUCUUCAAAGCAAAACAGUAGAUGCCUUAUUUUCCUCUUAAAAAUCAUGCUAACACAGUCAAGCAACACAGAAAACAGGAAAUUAAAUGAAUUACUCCUUGAAGCCCACAGCUGAUACUCAUUUUCCUUUUUACAGUUAAUAAAGAUAAUCUCUUCCUUUGCUUUUUUUAAAAUAAAAACCUUGUUUGUUAUAGUUUGUUUUAAUCCAUGAUUGUUGUGUUUAUAUUUGCUAUGUUGUAAGCCUCCCUCUUAAAUACUACUUUAGCUAAAAUGCAACAGAUGUGUGCUGCACCUCUUAUUCCUACUACUGCUCUAUGGUGAUUUACAGGGCUUUUCAAGGCAGGAGUAAACCAGGCUUCUCCAACCUGGUGCCCUACAGAUGAGUUGAACUAAAACUCUCAUUGGCUAGCUGGCUGGGGCCGAUGGGAGUUGUAGCCCAAAACAUGUUAUUUAUUUUACCACAAUUUAUUAUUUUUUCUUCUUUAUUGCAUUUAUAGCCCACUGAACUGCACGGGUGCCAAAAGACCAACAGCCAAUGCUAUUCUCUGAAACUGACCCUGGAGAAAACCACUGUAAAACAGUAGUUCCAAUACCCAUUCCAUUCAGUCAGCUCAGAAGGAUACCACUGUCAAUGGUAUCAACAGCCACCGAGAGAUCAGGUCAGGAUAACAGGGUCACACACACCCUCCUUCGUCCUGUUCCAGAAAAAGAUAACCCAUCAGAGCAAUCUAGGUUCAUUCAGUCCCAUAAUUCAGGGCAGAGAGCAUGUAUUGACACUGCUUGUGCUGAACUUUGAGAUGUCUGUCUACCUCUCACCCUUUCAUAUAUAUUCUGAAGAGGUUUUUCAGGUGAGAAUACUGAGAUAAACAUCCAACUGUGCCACGUUUAGCUUUGCUGACCAGAGUCUAGCUCUCGCACACAUGCCUCUCAUAAUUUAUUGCUCGGUACCUGAUGACUCACAGCCAAGUGUGGGAAGUUUUUCCAUUGUGUUUUGAAGUGCUGUGAAAGCUCUAUCUAUAGUCGGUGCUUGAAAAGAGGUGGGAGGCCUUUUACAUUCCCCCCCCCUCAGGCGGACCUAUAACCACCUUUUCGUAUUCUUAUUCACUGUAUUUACUGGUAUAUAACACUUAAUGCCCAAAUAGCCUUCACUACAGUUUACAAAGUAUAAAAAUGAAGUUACACAAACCAUUAAAGUGGAAAUAUCCAUAAUUAAAAUACAUAAUAAAGCAAUACCAUUAAAACAAUAUAGAAAAUUAAAAACAAGAAACUUGCGUCAAGAAAUCAAGGGAAAACGUGUGUAACUGUGACUGCGUACACACAAUACAUUUAAAGCCUUCCCACGCAAAGGAAUCCUGGGAAGCUACAAUUCCCAUCACUUCACAAACUCCAGGUCCCAGGAUUCUUGAGGAGGGUAUUUUUUAAUGUGCAGUGUACAUCUUCAAAAGCUGAUGGAAAGCCAGUAUAAAUGGGGCUGCUUGUAUUUCAAUAAGGAAACAAACAGGCCUAGAAUAAACAGUGUUAAGAUAUUUUUAAGAUAGUAGGUGGUGGAUAUAAUAGGUUUUACAUGUAUUGCAUGCCUGUAUAUGAUUUUUUUAAAAGGACUUAUGUAGAAUUUGUAGUUCUAGGAAAUUACGUAAAUGGAUUUUGAUAAGGUUCAAGGGCUAGACCUGGUUUUAUUUAGUUGGCUUUUACUUGAUUUCUCUAUUAAAAUUACGCUGUUUUAAAAGCAUUUUUAAUAAAACAGUUUAUUAAGAUUGUAAUCCUAGGUGGCAGUCUGAAUAAACAUAAUUAGGGCUAUAAAAGAUGCUUCAUAGACCCAGGGAAUUGCAGAAAAGUGGUUUGAAACAAAGUGCAGUUUUAUUAUAAGAACUUUGGGAUCAAAUAAGUACUUAGACUGAGACCUUCAAGAUUCUUUCACAGCUGCCUGACAAGGUCUAGAUUGAUGUCUUAUCGUGGAUGUGUUCUGUACCAUAUUUUUGCCACAGUGGUAGUGUGUUGGUGGUGGAUAUAGUCUGCUUUAGUUUUUUCUGCAGUGCUUCCCCAAUGCUGCCACUGUCUGGAAGGGCUAUAGCGCAGCAAAAGCGGGACAAAAACCUGAACAUUUGUGGUACAAAAAGUAGUGGGAUUUCAGCAGGAAGUGAUGCUCUCCAAACUUUUUGUAGGGGAAAAGCAUCUUUGAAAUGGAAUCGUGUAUGGCUGACCCGAUAGCAUCAUGAGCACAAAUAAUCAUGGAUGCCAAAUAAAAAGUACUCCUCCAGAUUCUAAUAUGCUAGAACUGCAGGGAAAAUGUGGGGUGGACUUCUCAACGACACAGACUGGGCUUGUUCAUGCUGGGUUUUACAAUUCACUUGAUAGGAUGAUUUCUGUGCGUAAAACCCACAACACUGUUUAAGAUUGUCUUGCUAAAACAUUGCUGCAGGCCAGGGCUCCUCACUUCCCACACCCAAGCUCCAGAUGCUCUACUCAAGCCCUUUCCUAAAGUGUUCCUCUGUGCACAUUUGUUCCUCUCAAUCCCAUUCUCAGCCCCAACUCAUAAUACCAUUGCUUUGUUUUGUGUUUUCUAAGCAGCUGAUAUAUAAUGUAUCUUGGUUAAAUGUGCUAUGUUGCUUUUUAUACUGAAGCAAUGUGUAUUAUUAUAUAGAUAUAUAAAGAAUUAUUAUAUAGACGAAUACUUAUUUACAAGUAAGCAUUUGCAACAAAAUUGGUCCAUACCUGGAGACUAAGGGAAUCCAGUAUAUUCCUGAAUGCUCUCAGGAAUUUUCCCAGUCUAAGUCUAUCCCUACACCUGUCAGGUUCUGUCAGGGAGCCAGAUAGCAAUAAUUCACACAGAAUACAUGAAGUUAACUCUUUAGUAGAAGAAACCAUGCCUUCUAAGGGGAGCCAAGCCUAAUGAGCACAGCAGCUCUUCUCAGCAGGUCUUGCCCCUAUGAGGCAGUUGUGGAGGCUGAAGAUCCCUGUCUACCCCCCAGCUGCCUAAAUCUCCUCCUCUCUCAGGUCCUUCCCAAGCAAUCUGAGACAACGCCGACACAUCUGUCUCUGCUCCUCCCUCUUCAUACCUCUUCUGGUCCUGGGAUAUCAGGGGAGGGGAGCUUGUCACAGCAGGAGUGGGAGACAACUUGGCUUCAUCACCAGCCUGACCCAUCUCUGCCUCUUGGCCCCCCUCCUCUCCAGCCUCUGAUUCUGUACAGCUCUCUGUCCCAGACUCUUCCUGCUCACUCAACCCUGUUAGCUCUUCAGCUUCUGACACCUCUUCUUCCCAGUCGGCCCCCUCUUCUCCUAACCGCUCAUUGUUGUACCACCACCAAUCCCUGGGCUCUGAACCUUAUUCCCUUGGGGGUUCCCCCAGCUGGUUCCCCCACCAUUUCUGUGUGUCCACCCAGUCCAUGACAUCACCACACUGGCUUAUUAAUAUCGAAUCUAAAUCCUAAUGUUCCAUUGACCUUUACAGUGUCUUCACUUGGGGGAAUGUCAAGGGAACAUUUUAGAUUUAGGCUGUAAUCCUAUAUAUCCAUACCUGGGACUUGGGAGUAAGCCCCAUUUAACUCAGUAGACAUGCAUACAAUUGCACUAAUUAGGUGCUCUGAUUUACAUCUGAGAAAAUAAAAUAGAUGUGGGGUGCUUUAGAGUAGAAACAUCCCUAGAGCAACAGAAUGUUUGUGGUUUUUUCAUUUCUUUAACUGGGUCUAGCCACUUGGAAUAAAGCACAAUUCUUUUUUUCAUGUUUCUGUAUGGUUUGAAUAAAGGUUCCAUUAACAUUAGUAGAUAUUUCUUUACUUCUGUUCUAACCUAUUAAACUGAAACAUUUCAUAUAGGCAGCAGAAUCCCUAAACAUUUUUACUUAAGAUCCAGUAUCACUUUUCUAAAUAACCAUGGGGAAAGGCUGUACAGUAAUUUGUUAAAGUCUUAACAUGAUCUGUGGUUUGACCAGAACAGAAUCUUUUCACCAUUGUUUUGAACUGAAACCAUUAAAAAUAAGAUUUAUUAUUAAAACAGUAGCCCUUUCUGCCUUGCGGUGGUCUCCUCUAAAUAUCCUUUUGUAACCCAGCUCAGUAUUAAUCUUGACAUCAUUUAAAGCUGUAGCAUCUGAGUCUAGAAUUGUGGCCAAUGCCGUCUUUUCCAGCAGCCUUUAAAAAAGCAUGUGCUUUCUGUUGUUGACAUUGCAAUGCUUUGUGGUGACUGGAACAAACACCACAGAGUUAAUUGCUGGCCUGGUUUACAAUCAAAGCACAUUUCGGGACUCAGACAUCUGCUCUUGUUACCAAGGAAUGGGAUAUAUUGAAGCUGAAACUCCUCAUGGCUCCAUCCCCAAGUCUUGGUCACCUUGGAAUUUUUUCCAUGGAGUGUUAUGUUGAUAAAACCAAGGGAGCUGAAAGGAAAUCCAGACUUUAAAAUGCUGCUUGCAGCCUUUAAACCUGAAAGGCAAUAUAUAUUUUUCUAGCAUCACACUGUGUAUCUGGAAUUCUCAUUGAAAUGGCUCAGCCCUCAGUUUUCCUGAGGACAUGCAUACUUUUAUUUUCUGUCAUCAUGCCACUAUGAAAUCGGAGCAAGGCAAACAAUAAAAUCUCACCUUCUUCCCACCCCCAUAUUACCAAAUAGAAAAGGCAGAAUUUUAAACAUAAGGGAAUUGCAACAUGUUCCUUCUUUACAAGUCCUCUGAAUCACACUGGCUCUUAUUUUAAGGCCUAAUAUGGUUUUGUUUUUUUUAACAAAACUGGUCUCUACGAAAUAAGAAAUGUAAAAACAAUUCCUCCAUGCUGGAUUUCGACAUACAACCCCUCAUAUACAUGCUCAAAGUUUAUAAAGCUUCGUUUCUAAGAUCAUAUGUUGGUCCAUCAAUCUAUUUAUCUAUUGUCUGAAAAUGACAGCUGGCUCUUUCCUGUUGUGGUCGUUGUGGUCGUGGUGGCGAUGUUUGGGCUUAGCUAGAUAAGGUGAUUGACAUGAAGUACUGCAAUGUGUAGCUGAUUUUUGUUAACUCAGCCAAUACAGGGGGGGGGGGGGCUGAGCUAAAU